UGAGCAAGCCCAAAUAAAAAAUGGCGGGAACAUUCCUAGGGCGCACUCAAUUAAAUCCACCAAUGAUUUCACCUCUCCUCUGAAUUCUCUUAUCCCAUCACAUUUUCAGAAUGGAGUCAAAUGACGUCGAGGAAGAGGAAUUUGAAUUCUCGAGAAACUACUUUUUGGCAAAGGAAUUGGGCACUUCCAGCAAGAAAUCAGCAUGUAAACUCUCCGACAUUAAUAUCGUUGAUGAACAGGAACUAAGAGAUGCAUAUGCUAACCUUGAGCCAAAGCACGAUAGAGAAAUUAAUGAUUUGAUAAACAGUUAUAAGAAGUCAUAUUCAGAAUGGGUUUUCAUAUUAAGGUGUGGCUUUGGGCUUUUGAUGUAUGGGUUUGGUUCAAAGAAAUUCUUGAUAGAAGAUUUCGCUUCAUCUGCCUUGACCGAUUAUUCUGUUGUUGUGAUUAAUGGAUACCUUCAGCAAAUCCAUCUUAAACAGGUUGUGAUAACAUUGGCUGAACUCUUGUGGGAUCAACUGAAAAUGCAUGGCAAAACCACCUGGGAAAAUGCUCCUAAAAACCAACAGCCAUUUAAUACCAAAUCCAUGGAUGAUCUUAUUGCAUUUCUAGAUGGACCACACUUGGAGGACAAAGAAUGUUUUGUAUGUGUUGUGGUUCAUAAUAUUGAUGGGCCUAGCUUGCGCGACUCUGACACUCAACAGUAUCUCGCCAGAAUCGCAGCUUGUUCUCAUAUCCGUGUGGUUGCGUCCAUUGAUCAUGUGAAUGCACCUCUACUAUGGGACAAGAAGAUGGUUCACACUCAGUUCAAUUGGUACUGGCUCCAUGUUCCUACCUUUGCACCAUAUAAUAUUGAAGGAACGUUCUUUCCUCUCAUUCUCGCUCAUAGUGGAAGUGCUCAAACGGUCAAGACAGCUUCAAUAGUCUUACAGAGUUUGACACCAAAUGCCCAAAGUGUUUUUAAAGUUGUUGCAGAGCAUCAGUUAGCCCAUCCCAACGAAGAAGGGAUGCCACUGAAUAAUUUAUACACAAUUUGUCGAGAGCGCUUUUUGGUGAGUAGCCAGAUCACUCUCAAUGCUCAUCUGACGGAAUUCAAAGAUCACGAACUGGUGAAGACCAGAAGAAAUUCAGACGGGCAAGACUGUAUAUAUAUUCCUCUCACAAGUGAAGCACUUGAAAAGCUUGUUCAGGAGAUCAGCCAUUAGAAAUUUCCUUCAUCAUCUUCUAUUGCAAGCUCAAUUGGCGAGCAAUAUAAACUGCUGCCUGUUUAUGUUCCUAAUGUGCACUUUAGGACUGAAUCGGAUUGAAAAAUAUAGCUUUCAGUCUUUGAGCGAUACACGAUAGAGAGAAUAUUGAGAGAAAAGCAAUAUCUUUUUCUUGAGUGUUCCGUACUUUGUUUUUCCUACUACAACAGACUUUUUGUAUUUAGAGAGAAGUUGUAAUUCUCCUACUAUAGAAAUCCUUCUUUACUUGUUUGUGGAUUUUAUCCCAAAUUAAA